AUGUUGGCCUCACAGGCUAUCAAAAGGAUUUUUCACAGGUCUUGGAAACCUUUAGUACGAUUUAACCAUGGGAAGGCUCCCACUGCUAUAGAGUCUAUCAAGAAAAGAAUUGAGGAUAUUCCCAUUGAAAACUAUAGAAAUUUCUCCAUUGUAGCUCAUAUCGAUCAUGGAAAAUCUACUCUGAGUGACAGACUUCUAGAGCUUACAGGUGUGAUUCAGUCUGGUGGUAACAAGCAAGUUUUAGAUAGAUUGGAAGUGGAGAGAGAACGAGGCAUUACCGUCAAAGCCCAAACAUGUACCAUGUUUUACCACGAUAAGAGAUACGGUAAGGAUUUUUUAAUCCAUCUUGUGGAUACUCCUGGACAUGUGGAUUUUAGAGGUGAAGUUUCAAGAUCUUAUGCUUCUUGCGGAGGAGCAUUGUUACUGGUCGAUGCAUCUCAAGGUGUUCAAGCCCAAACGGUUGCCAAUUUCUAUUUGGCUUACAGUAUGAAUUUGAAGUUAAUCCCUGUAAUUAAUAAGAUUGAUUUAGAUCAUGCCGAUAUUGCACAGGCUGAAGAUCAGAUUGAAAACACUUUCGAGUUGCCAAAAGAGGAUACCAUUCGAGUAAGCGCCAAGACUGGUUUGAAUGUUAAAGAAGAUUUACUUCCAGCAAUUAUAGAUCGCAUUCCUCCACCUACUGGAUGUCUUGAUAAGCCAUUUAGAGCAUUACUAGUUGAUUCAUGGUACGAUUCCUACGUUGGUGUGGUUUUGCUAGUUCAUAUUGUGGAUGGUACUGUUCGUAAAGGUGACAAAGUAUCAAGUGCGCAGACUGGAAAGAAAUAUGAAAUUAAGGAAAUUGGUAUUAUGUUUCCAGAUAGAACGCCUACUGGCAUUUUGAGUACUGGACAAGUGGGUUAUGUGGUCCCUGGUAUGAAGGCUUCUAAGGAUGCCAAAAUUGGUGAUACUUUGAUGCAUCUGGGACGUGAACAAGAAACAGAAGUGUUGCCAGGCUUUGAAGAGCCUAAACCUAUGGUUUUCGUUGGGGCUUUCCCAUCUGAUGGUGAAGAAUUCAAAGCGCUUAAUGAUGAUGUUAAUAGAUUGGUUUUAAAUGAUAGAUCGGUCUCUUUAAAGAGGGAAACUUCCAAUGCUUUAGGACAAGGUUGGAGACUUGGAUUUCUUGGAUCCCUUCAUGCUUCGGUAUUCAGGGAAAGACUAGAAAAUGAAUACGGGUCCAAACUUAUUAUUACACAACCCACGGUACCCUAUAUGAUAAAAUAUUACGAUGGACAUGAAAGGUUAAUUACCAACCCAGAUGAAUUCCCAGAUUUGGCUGAACGUAGAAACAAGGUUCAAGCUAUUCAAGAACCAUAUGUGGAAGCCAUUAUGACUCUCCCGCAAGAAUAUUUGGGUAAUGUCAUUAAAUUGUGUGAUCAUAAUCGUGGCCAACAAACAGAAAUUACUUAUUUGAAUAUGACGGGCCAGGUUAUGCUCAAAUAUGAUUUACCGUUAGGUCAAUUGGUCGAAGAUUUCUUUGGCAAAUUGAAAUCAGUUUCGAGAGGUUAUGCAUCUUUAGACUAUGAAGAUAUUGGUUAUAGAGAUUCAGAUGUGGUUAAAUUAGAAUUACUGAUCAACGGUAGUAGUGUAGACGCCCUAGCGCAAGUCAUGCAUAGCUCACAAGUUGAACGUGUAGGUAGAGCUUGGGUGAAAAAAUUCAAAGAGUAUAUCAAGGCCCAAUUAUUUGAAGUUGUUAUUCAAGCUAGAGCCAACAGUAAGAUUAUAGCUCGUGAAACCAUCAAGGCCAAACGUAAGGAUGUUUUGCAAAAAUUGCAUGCUUCUGACAUUUCAAGGAGAAAGAAGUUACUCGUGAAACAAAAGGAAGGUAAGAAACAUCUAAAGAGUGUUGGUAAUGUUCAAAUCAACCAAGAUGCUUACCAAGCAUUCUUACGGAGGUAA